AUGACUGUCAGAGCUGCUGCUACCGCGUUGUGUAGUCUUGUUGAGCUGUCAGCAAGAAUUUUAUGCAAAAAUAGCUCUUGUCAUAUGCAUUAUUUAAGCUGAUAGUACCUAUUUUAUAGUGUGCAGUGAAUUUGAAAACACAAAGGACAAGAGGUGAACAUAUGAAAAUUGACUUUAAUUAUUAUAGUAAUUGAAUUUGAAAAUUUGUUUGCAAACCUCGUGUUUUUACUAGCCAUAAGGCUGAACUAGUGUGCGACUGACUUACAGUGUCUGGAUGUGUGUGACUUUUGGGACUUGUGUUUCUGUUGAAAUUGAAUCAAUACAAGUAAAAUCAAACAGACUCUUAAGUUGCCUGAGAUCCUGACGACGGUGAUCUUUCCUUUUACUCCUUGAAGUUGCAGCGUCGGCUCAUGAUGAAGUUCAAGCGUCCAAGGGAAAGAUUUGCUUCAUCCAGCAGCACAGAUGAGCAGGAUUCAGGGUCAGAAGCCGAGCAUGAGGCGGGUUUGUCGGGAGGACGGCCACACAAGCCUGGGGGUCACAGCCACUCAGGGAGUCAUGCUGUGAGGAAGCGUCGUGGCAACCUUCCCAAACACUCUGUGAAGAUUCUGAAGCGUUGGUUGUACGAACAUCGCUACAAUGCCUACCCAAGUGAUGCCGAGAAAAUGACACUUUCUCAGGAGGCAAAUCUCACAGUUCUGCAGGUUUGUAAUUGGUUCAUCAAUGCAAGGAGACGCAUUCUACCAGAGAUGAUUAGACGGGAAGGGCACGAUCCCCAGAAUUACACAAUUUCAAGACGGGGCAAGAAGCUUACAGGGAGCCAGCAUUCAGGAAGCAUGGGGAGCCCACGAUCUCGUGGAACCAGUCACUGGGACACCAGCAGUUCCAAGAGAAGUAACAUGGUGCAUGAUCACGAUUAUGAUGACAACAUGGGACUCAUGUACCGCAGUGAGGAAGACAGCCCCAAUGAGUAUGAGAGCAGUUCUCCAAGCGAAGAAGAGGCACGACAGCCUGCAGCAGGACCGUGGCACAGUGUUAUUGUCUGUCGUUACAAUUGUCCAAAAGACUGUGUUGGACAUCCAAUCAAGAGAGAAGAAGAAGUCCCUCCCCCACCAGAGACGAUGGCAGUGCAUCAUGGAGUGGAUAAUUUUUAUGGGCCUGAUGAUUUGCGAUGCAGAGAGGAAGCCCCUCCCCCAGUACAGACCAUGGCAGUGCAUCCUGGAGCAGAUACUUUUUAUGGGCCUGAUGAUUUGCAUUGCAGAGAGGAAGCUACUCCCUCAGCAGAAAGUGCAGCAAUGCAUCCUGAAACAGAUUUCUGGAAUGCAUCACCAUGCCAUGGAAGUCUUGCUGCUUCAUCCAGUCAGGAGGAGCGGAGCAGCAACUUUUCCCACCCCCAGGAGACGCCACCCCCUACACCACCUGAAGAUGAAGACAAAGAUAAAUUCAAGUGCCUGUAUUUGCUGGUGGAGGCUGCAGUGGCUGUACGGCAGCAGGAGAUGGAGCGUGAGCUGGCACUGCGUGUAUAACGCCAGCUUGCUCACCAUGUAGUCGCAGCAUAUCAUUUAAUUUUGUAUUGAGAGGUUUUUAUGGCAUUCCUUCUGUUACAAGACUGUGGAUAUAGAUGCAGAGGAUGAACUGCCAAGUAACCUAUACGCUCGUGUCAGAUAGGGCACUGGUACGUCGACAGUGCCAAGAGCAUGAAUGCAGUGGUGGACCUGUUUGCUCAAUGUUACACACCAGAUGUUUCACUGUAAGGAAGAUUGUGCUGAGUGCAAAGAUGAGUGAUGAAUGUGUGCUACAGUAAUGCUGAUUCUGAUCACUGCUCAAGAUCAUGUACUUGUCAGGAAGGGCAGAGUUGUGGAGUGAGUUGAAGGUUCCCUGUGCCCUUCCUUUGGUUUUCUAAUGAAAUUAAAUCAUUUGUUGAACCUUACAGUGUUAAGGGCUCGAUACUUGAAAUUAGGUUUAAUUUUUUGUAUUGUACAAGUCAUUCAUAUCUUGAGGUCAUCCAUGUAAUUUUGCUAGACUGGAUAGGCUAAACAACUUAAAAUUUCACUGCCAGAAACAUAAUUGAUAUAGCCUAUCAGGUCUCACAUAGCCACCUCCACAUCGCAGCUUGUGACUACAAAUCAUAACAAUAAUAAUUUUAUAAGCAGAGCAGACCUGAAGAACACAGAAAUAAACUGAAUUUUUAAUAUAAAUAAAUAUUUUGUGAUAACAUACAGGAAGUCUGUUUGUACUUACAUAUCAGGAGGUUUGAGUGGCUUCAGUUUUACUCUGUUUAUCACAGCAUUUUACCUUUCAUGUGUUUGCAAAAGGUGAACAAAGUUGUUAAACUACGUGCUAUUGUUGCACAAAAGUCCGGAGUCUCAGGAUUAUUUUUACACGAAGUUACAAGGUGGCAUCAUAGUCUAUCUAGAAUUGUUAUAUAUAAUACAAUUAAAAUCACAAAAAAAGUCCUGAAUCUGAUGUACGAUGCCCAGUCUCCUGAAGCAUUUCAAAGUGCAAUAGCUGAAAUGCUUGUGAUAUUCUCCAAAAUUGGAAGUGGAUUAUUAUGUCUAGAAACAGGCAAAAGACAAUUGUGAGUUGUGUUUGAUGCUGAGAUGAGGAGUUUUGUCUUGUGUUUUAAUUUUUAUAUUCUUAGACCACUGGUACUCCAAACAAGUGUCGAGACACACUAUUGUGGGAGACCAGUCACUGUAGUGAUUAUGUAACAGUGCAGUAAGGAGACAUAGCAGAACAGGAGACGUAGAACAUUAAAAGCAUGUUGUGAAUUUUAA